UUGCGCGCCUCUGCCGGCCUUUGUAGGGGGUGUGUGCGGCUCGGGCCCGCUCGGCCCCGUUCCGCGCGGCGUUCGGCUCGCCCCGCCGGCCGAGGCGGGUGCCGUGCGCCGGGAGAGUGACUGCGCGGACGACAAGGGUCCUGCCAAGGGGGACGCGGGUGCGGAGUACGCCAUGCGAGCCCGCAAGAGGAAAGCUGAUAUGGCCACGUUCUUACAGGAUCCUGAUGAAGAAAUUGCCAAAAUGGAGAUGACUAGAAAAAAGCCGUGUGAAAAACAGAAGUCCUGGAAUAACAUUCACGAGCAUGCCCACAUGCUGAUCCCCACUCCGGAUAAAGAUGACGAUCCCGUUCGUGUCGAUUACUCGCGCUUUGUCCAUCUGAGCGUUGUUCCCACCAGAGCUACCCCACUGCCAGCUCUAGGCUGGGCAAACAAGGAUGAUGUAUGGAAAAACAUGAUAAACAAAGAAGAGACCUAUGUAAGGGAUAAAUUCUACUUGCAAAGGCACCCCCAGCUGCAGCCUAAAAUGAGAACCAUCCUUCUAGACUGGCUUAUGGAGGUUUGUGAAGCCUACAAACUUCAUAGAGAAACUUUUUAUUUAGCACAAGAUUUCUUUGAUCGCUUUAUGGCAACACAACAGGAUGUUGUAAAAACACUAUUGCAGCUUAUUGGUGUCACUUCUCUAUUCAUAGCAGCAAAGCUUGAGGAAAUUUAUCCACCAAAGUUGCACCAGUUUGCCUAUGUUACAGAUGGAGCCUGUACAGAAGAUGAAAUCAUCAGUAUGGAAUUGAUCAUUAUGAAGGCUCUUAAUUGGAACUUAAAUCCACUGACAGUUGUAUCGUGGCUAAACAUUUACCUGCAAGUUGCAUAUUUAAAUGAUCUUUAUGAGGUAAUGCUGCCACAAUAUCCACAGCAGAUAUUUGUACAAAUAACAGAGCUCUUGGAUCUCUGUGUGCUGGAUAUUGGCUGCUUGGAAUAUACCUAUGGAAUACUUGCAGCUUCUGCUUUGUAUCACUUCUCUUCAUCUGAGUUGAUGCAGAAAGUUUCAGGUUAUGAAUUCUGUGAGAUAGAGGACUGUGUGAAAUGGAUGGUCCCGUUUGCCAUGGCUCUAAGGGAAGUAGGAAGCUCCAAACUCAAACACUUUAGCGGGAUAGCUCCUGAAGAUUUGCACAAUAUACAGAUGCACAUAAACAGCUUUGAUUUGCUGGACAGAGCUCAAGCAAAACAAGCCAUAUUGGCUGAACAAAAUAGGACUUCACCUUUCCCCACUGGUGUCCUUACACCACCACAAAGUAGCAAGAAACUGUCUUCUGGACUGCAAUCAAUAUGACUUCAGGAACUGUUGACAGACAAUUUUGCUGAAGUGCCUGUUCUGCUGGUUUUAGCUCCUGCUCCAUUACAGAAAUGCUGCCAGUGAAGUUCAUAAGCUUUCACGGAAUCUGAAAAGGAAACCUUACUUUCAUGUGACAGAAGUUUUUCUAUUUGAAAUAGUUUUAUUGAAUGUUAAAAUAUUUUAAAGAAAUGGAUCAAGUACACCAGCCACUUGAAAGAACACUGAAGUGUGCUCCAGAUGCUGCUACGGAGGGUGAUGCUUGAUCAACUGUUCAGAAAAAGGGCUUGAAGUUUAGAUUAGUUACUGUGCCUGUUUGUCCUUUGGGUAAUCUGCAGAUUUCAGUCCCUUGUUGACAAAUGGGCAAAAAGUGCUGAGGAAGACAUUUCAAAGCCUCUUUUUUGAAUGGUUGGCUUACGACUUGAUGCCUUUUAAAAAACUCUUUAUUGUAAAAGCUGCUAUGUCUCUGUGUAUUCAUUUUUAAUAAAAAUGCUGUCUAAGACAGCUGGUUUUAUGUAUA